GGCGCGGGAAGCUGGGCCUCCAGCCAAUCCCUGGCGGCCACGCCCCCGCCUCCGCAGGCGCCGCAGGCCGUUUACUUUCGAACGGCGGCCCCGCGCGCGUUCCCAUUGGCCGGCGUCCCGCAAAUUGAAUGUUGCCGGGAGACCGCACCUGCGUCGGAGGCUCCGCGAAGCCCCGCCCCGUCUGGGCACCUGGAGGCCCUCGGGGCGUCGGAGGGCGGGGCCGCCCGGCAGUUCUCGGCGUCCCGCGUGGAGGCCGGCGAGCUCCGUCCUGGCUCGUGAGGAGGUUGCCCGUCUGCCCCGCGCCGGAAAAAGAAUAAAAGAAUCUGGAAAAGUUGGACAAGAUAAAAUAUACUAUUCAGUCUUCAAACUAGGAAGAUCAACAAAGCAGGUUUCCAUCCCAAUGAGUAGAAAAAUGUUACAAAAUAAAAUCCAGAAAAUGCACAACUUUGAGGACGAGUUAACAUGUCCCAUUUGUUAUAGUAUUUUUGAAGAUCCUCGUGUACUACCAUGCUCUCAUACAUUUUGUAGAAACUGCUUGGAAAAUGUUCUUCAGGCAUCUGGUAACUUUUAUUUAUGGAGACCAUUACGAAUUCCACUAAAGUGCCCUAAUUGCAGAAGUAUUAUUGAAAUUGCUUCAACUGGUAUUGAAUCUUUACCUGUUAAUUUUGCAUUAAGGGCUAUUAUUGAAAAGUACCAGCAAGAAGAUCAUCCAGAGAUUGUCACUUGCCCUGAACAUUACAGGCAACCAUUGAAUGUUUACUGUCUACUGGAUAAAACAUUAGUUUGUGGUCAUUGCCUUACCAUAGGCCAACAUCAUGGCCACCCUAUAGACGACCUUCAAAGUGCCUAUCUGAAAGAAAAAGAUACGCCUCAGAAACUGCUGGAACAGUUAACCGACACACACUGGACGGACCUUACUUGUCUUAUUGAAAAGCUGGAAGAAGAAAAAUCUCAUUCGGAGAAAAUGGUUCAAGGUGAUAAAGAAGUUGUUCUCCAGUAUUUUAAGGAGCUUAAUGAUAUAUUAGAACAGAAAAAAAAGAAUUUCCUAACUGCUCUCUCUGAUGUUGGCAAUCUGAUUAAUCAAGAAUAUACUCCACAAAUUGAAAGAAUAAGAGAAAUGAGGAAGCAGCAGCUUGAAUUAAUGACAUUGACAACAUCUUUACAAGAAGAGACUCCACUUAAAUUUCUUGAAAAAGUUGAUGAUGUCCGUCAGCGUGUGCAGAUCUUGAAACAAAGUCCACUUCCCGAGGUCCAACGUAUUGAAAUUUAUCCCCGAGUAAGCCAAGUAUUGAAAGAAGAUUGGAGCAUAACAGAAAUUGGACAAGUUAAGAAACUUCUCAUUCCUGAAAUGAAAAUUUCUUCAACCAGGAUGCCUUGUUCCUGGCCUGCUGAUGAAAAGGAAGUUGAAUUUUUUAAGAUUUUAAAUAUUGCUAUAGUUACAUUAAUUUCAGUGAUACUGAUGUUGAUCCUCUUUUUUAACCAACACAUAAUAACCUUUCUAAAUGAACUCACUUCAAUGUGUUUUUUUGAAGUCUUUCUUUCUGUUUACCAAAGUUUAUCUAACAAUCUGCACAAUUUAAAGAAAAUGCUAUAUCACACUUUAUAUUUACUGAAGGAAUUCAUAUGGAAAAUAGUCUUUCGUUGAAAAUGCAAAUCUAAAUUCAAAUAGGCUUUUUCUAAACAGGGACUAACAACCAUUGCUAAGUGGAAAAAUUGGGGUUGCAUGGAUAAAUAAAAUAGCAAACUAAACUUUAUUGGAAUUGCAACAAACAUAUAGAAAUAUUUUAAACCUUUUAUGUUUCUGUUGGAUAGAAAUGUGUCAGAAAUGAAGCAGUGUCUUUGGUUUUCGAUGUAAAACCUAGAAUAAAAUCUAGUUGAUUUGAAUUUUAUCCUUUUUCAUGGAUUUGAGAACUUGACUUAAUAUUGCUGUGGCAUUUAAACACUGUUUUGCCAAUAUUGUCUUUUAGCAUUAAUAUGGCUGUAGUGAUUGACUUUGCAGUUCUUCACACAUAGCUUUUAGAAUAAAAGAUGGUAAAAUCUGGAAAGUACCUAUGCACUUGUUUUUGAUGUGGCUUUUGCAUGGGCAAAUAAGAAUGGUGACGUUUUGAAAUCAAGCAGCAAAGUCUAAAAUAAGGGGUUGCUUAAAGAUGUUUUUGAUCAGACAAACUGGAUCCACACAUUGUUUUAGAUGGAUUUGUCUUAAGAUGUUUAAAAUCUAAGUGUUGUUAGGAAACAAACAGCAACGUUUCCUAAAAAAGUAUUUUGUGGUUUGUGUUACUUUAGGGUUAUAUUUAACUUUUGUGUGGUGUUGCCAACUAAGUUCUUGGAUAAAAACUUUUUGAAAUGUUAUGAAUUCCGUCCUCUUUAGAUUUAGAUAACAUGUUAACUGCAUUUGUCUUAAAAACUUAAAUUUGACCAAGGCCAUGUAAUAUAUGACUUGCAAGUUUUUAGUUGACAAAACUUAUGUAGUAUAUAUGACUGUAGUCAAGUACAGGCAUACCUCGUUUUAUUGCACUUUUGCAGAACAUUUUUUUUAUUUUCCCAACUGAAGAUUUAGUUGCACCCCUGAGUCAAGUAUACCUGCAC